AUGGUUGAGAUCGAUCCCACGCGAGACCAGCAAUACCAGCACAAUGUUCACCAGAGGACGGAUAGCUAUGGAUCUCAACCAGGACGCACCACUCCACGACCCGCCGUGAAGCCCAUCAGACCUGGCCUGGCCUUCAGUCAAGACUACCAGGGUCCCUACACGCCCUAUAGAAGGUCUAUGGCUGACUCGUUCGUCACCAGCCCCGGUGACUCGCGCUCAGCUACUCCGUCUUUGUAUCAGAAUCACCAUUUUCAAAGUCACGCGAGCCUGACAGAGCUCGUGAGCCAGCCUCCAUCACCAGUGCUGGCCAAGGACUGGGUUCAACCCGGAUCGAUUGCCCGGCUGCAUGACCGCGACGAUGCUGAGAUUUGGAAGGGCUGGAAACGAUGGCUCUUCCAUUUGGUCCCCAUUUUGACCGUUGCCAACAUGGGACUGUACGUGGCUUAUCUGGGUUUACGCAUAGCAUGCGUUAUCUUCGCACAGAAUGUCAGCCACAUGGCUUUUCCAGGUGCCUGGGUUUUCAUUGCAAUCGAGAUUAUCGUCGCUAUUCCUUCUCUCAUGCACAACUGUUGGACCAUGAUGGCUAUGAAGAAGAGAAGAAGAGCGAAACUGCGGCUGACUGGAGAUGAUGUCCCAACCGUGGACGUGUUCAUUACUUGCUGCGGCGAAGAUGACGACGUCGUCCUCGACACUUUUCGGGGCGCCUUGGACCAAGACUACCCGCGCGAUCGAUUCAGGGUUAUCCUCUUGGAUGAUGGCGCAUCGGCUAGCUUGGAAGAGGCCGUCAACCAGCUCGGACAGGUCCAUCCUAAUGUAUUUUACAUGGCACGGAAGAAGAUCCCCGGCGUGCCUCACCACUUCAAAGCUGGUAACCUGAACUACGGUCUCGACGAGACCCGACAACUGCCUGGCGGUGCUGGUCAAUUCAUGGCCGCUCUGGACGCGGAUAUGAUUCCCGAGCAGGACUGGCUCCGGGCUGUUCUUCCCCACCUCCUGAUAGAUCCAAAGAUGGCCCUUGCCUGUCCUCCCCAAUUGUUCUACAACACUCCGCCAUCUGAUCCACUUGCUCAAAGUCUGGACUUUUUCGUCCACGUGAUUGAGCCCAUCAAAGAUGCGAUGGGCGUUGCCUGGUGCACUGGUUCUGGUUAUGUAGUUAGACGGGACGCUCUGGACGAGAUUGGCAACUUCCCGUUAGGCUCUCUAGCUGAAGAUGUCGCUACGUCGACACUCAUGCUUGGCAAAGGAUGGCACACUGCGUACAUCCACGAACCCCUCCAGUUUGGUACUGUGCCGGAUGACUACGGCUCUCACUUGAAACAGCGUACUCGAUGGGCCAUUGGAACAGUUGACACUGCCGUUAAGCUGAAAUUCUCCCUCUGGGGAGACGCCGUUCGUCAAAUGACUGCGGCUCAACGCUUCUCUGGGUUUUUGUACGCCACUUUGAGUGUAUAUACAAUCCUUCUCACUGCGUCCCUGUUCGCCAUUCCUAUCAUUCUGCUAUGGGGCAAACCUCUUGUGGCCUAUGCCAACGAUGAACAACUCAGAUGGCUCAUGCGGGCCUGUUUCGCAGCGACCAUUGCCAAUCGCCUUUGCGAAUUUGUGCUCUUCAUCCCUGCCGGUUAUCAUACUGGUCAGCGUGGGUCCCGAUACCAGCUUUGGAUGGCACCCUACAUCGCCCUUUGCAUUGUCCGGGCAUUCAUCCUUCCCAGGUGGCUGGGUGGUCAAGCCCAAGCCUUCAAACCCACUGGUUCAUUGAGCUCAGCACUUGAGGAGCGUGAUCCGAAGAGACGAAAGAACAUGUUCGUUCGCCUCUCGACAAUUCUGUUCAACUACAUGGCUUUGUUCCAUUUGGCAUUCGUUUACGUCACUCUGGCAGCCGUUAUCCUGUCAUCGUAUCGUUGCUUCUUCCAGGAGUCUGGCUUCAGGAAUGUUUUCACAUGUCUUAUGACACAUGCAUUCUGGCCGCCGUUGACCUUCCUCUUCAUCUGCACUUCCCUUUGGAUACCGAUUUCAUAUGCGAUCGAUCCUCCGUCGAUGCCCGAUCGGGAAGACCUGUUGAAGCGAGACCCAAAGACCGGAGUCGCCCACCCGACAAACAAGAGCAAGCGCAUUGCCUUUGGUGGCCAAGCUGCCUGGUUCGAGCUCGAGUAUACAGUCGCAACCGCCUGGACAGUCGUGGUCUUUGUCUACUCUUUCUUCUUUUGA